AGGACGCCACUCAUCCUUUCCGUAGCAUCAUCGAUGUCUUGUACUUUGCAGCCAUGGGACCCCCUGGAGGUGGUCGAAACUUCAUCACACCCAGAAUACUGGGCCACAUGUACCUGGUGGGCUUCCCACUGCUGGACGAUGACAACAUGAUGCAGAUCUUCAAUACCAUCCUGGAGUGGAAGUUCAGGGCGGAGAAUUAUCCUACAGAGGUUGCUGCGUUGAGUAAGAAGAUGGUGCAGGCAACGUUGGAGAUCUACAAGAACACGUCCUCGGAGUUGCGACCAACACCCAUGAAGGUGCACUAUACCUUCAACUUGCGCGAUUUCUCCAAAGUCAUUUGUGGCGUCCUGUUGCUGAAAAAGAACGAGUGCGACGGCGCCAGUCGCCACGUUCGACUCUGGGCACAUGAAAUCCUUCGGGUCUUUGGUGACCGCCUGAUUGAUGACACAGAUCGCGAGUGGAUGAUGCACCAGUUGCGCGAGCAGACGAAAAAGAAUUUCCAGGUUUCGUUUGAUGAGAUCAUGAUUCACCUGGAUGUCAACAAGGAUGGAAAGGUCAAUACACUGGACGAGGUUCGUACCCUCUUCUUCGGGGACAUGUUGUCACCUGCCUCGAUCCCACAGCGGCCCUACACCGAGUGUCCUGAUGUGGCCGUGCUGCAGAAGGAAAUUGAAGCACAUUUGGUGAGCUACAAUGAGAUGUCCUCCAAACCCAUGGAUUUGGUAUGUUUCCUCUACAUGCUGGAACACUUGGCCCGCGUGGCGCGGGUGAUUAAGAGCCCAGGUGGAAAUGCCCUGCUGGUGGGCUUGGGCGGCUCCGGACGUCAGAGUUGCACGCGCUUGGCUUGCUACAUGGCCGACUUCACAGUCUUCCAGAUAGAGAUUGCCAAGGGCUAUGACAUGUCCGCUUUCCGAGAGGAUAUGAAGAAGAUGCUCACGAAAGCGGGCGGAAAUGAGGAACGAACGAUUUUCCUCUUCAGUGACACCCAGAUCAAGGACGAAGGCUUUGUGGAGGACGUCAACAACUUGCUGAACACUGGGGAGAUCCCAAACCUCUUUCCUGCAGAGGAGACGCGGCACAUUGUGGCACGUUGUUUGGGCCGGGAACGGGUGGCCGUGUGCGAGAUGGUGCGGAAGGCCGCCGCGGACGAGGGCAAGGCUCCCGCAGAGCGGGAAAUCUUGAAACUGCAGCGAGACCAGGUGGCUUUUGCGCUGGCCUGCAGCCAAAGCCUCCAGGAUGCCACGCUCCCCAUGGAGGUGCGCCACAUGGCGGUAUGUCUUCUGAAGAACGUGCUGCCUGCUGCAGCGCAUCCAGAUACGGCCAAGUUGCUACGGGCCGCAAUUUUGCAGGCCUUGGACGAUGAGGCCCUGUGCUGUCAGGCCGCCCUCUGCGCCGGACGCCUCUGGAAAUCCGCGCCGUGGCCGGAGCUGGUCCCGGCGGUGCUGGCCUUGGGACAACGAGGUGGAGAACUGCUUGGUGGUCACGUGGUCUCUGCGUUGAAGGUCAUGCAGCUGCUGGCAGAGGAGGGAUGCACCGAUGCCGAGAUGACCGAGGCGGCACUGGCUGCGCUGAGGGCGCCGAUUUCGCUUCAAGUUGCAGUGGCUGCUCUGCAGGCCUUGGCCGCGCUACUACCAGCAGGAACUGCUGCACAUCAGGCUGCCACCCUUUCAGCCGCAUUACAUGCACUGGAUCAGUCGCAGCUUCGCCUUGAAGCCUACAGAUUGCUUGAAGUCUGUGUCAGUGAGUCCUACAACGUGAUCUCAAUACCAGCUUUGCAACAGUUGGUUGCAGCGACACAAACGUCCAUUGCUGGCGACUCAGAGGAAGAAGCUUUGGCAGCGCAAGAGUUGACGCGAGGAUCACAAGGCGGGCUCUUGCGGCAAGCAGCGCCCAUGUUGCUUCCGCCGUUGCUUGAAGCCUUGCAGAGAAAACCCACCGAUCCAGGUUGGACCUUGGAGGACCAUCUACCGACGCUGUCAGAGUCUGCCUGUGAAUGUCUGAUGGCAGUUUCCAAGGUGCUGGGCGAUGAGUUGUUGCAGCCUGUGCUGGGCUUCGUGUCCUCCGCCAUGGCGUCUCAGGAGAUAUGGCAUCGGCGAGCUGCGCUGCUGGCAUUUGGUGCAAUUCAGGAGGGUCCAGCAAUGCAAACCCUGCAGCCCUUGAUUCGCUCGGCUCUGCCACGUCUGCUGGAGGCAUUGAAAGCCCAAGAGCUCUUUGAAGCGUCUGCUGCUGCCUGGGCCCUGGGACGUUUGUUGGAUGUGAACCCUGCUGCGGUGCCCGAUGAGUCCCAGGCGGCCCUCUUCGAGGUGGCGGUGCUGCGGCUGCGCUUUGCGCCGAGUCUGGCGGAGGAACUUUGUUACUGCUUGAAUGGCAUCGUGGAUCAGCAGGCAUCAGUGCUGGAGCCGCAGCUCUUCGGCACGGUGGUGGAAUCUUUGCUGCUGGGAGCGGCGCAAGCAGAGCGCGAGAGCCGGGUGCAGCUGGCCCUCUUCGGCUGCCUCUGCGAACUCCUGGGUCGCGCAGGGGAGGACUGCCUGCCUCAGAUGCAGCUGGUCCUCACCGAAGUGCUACGCCGCAUUGCUGCGGAGCUUGGUCAACACGCAGCGCCUGUGCGGAGUUUGUUGCGUUGUCUCCGCGUGCUCCUGCUGCGCAACGCUGAGAUCAACAGUUCGCAGGUGGCCGAGCUGCUGGCAGGCACCUUACACUUGGAACCUACUGAGGAGGUCCGCUGCGUCUGCUGCGCGAAGGUGGAUGCCGUUGGAUGCCUAAGAUUGGAUGGAUGUCAGAUGGUGGGUGAUGAUGAAUGA